GCCAAAAGUUCUGUGUUUGUCAUGGUGUUUGUCGCCUUAGCGCGCGCUUCGUGUAAUCUCGAUGCUUCACGUAAGCUUGCUUACACGAUGUUUGCUCUAGUGUGCUUUCGCGACGAUAACGUGAAGACUGUGUUCAGCGUGCACCAGAUUAAAACGUUCUUAGCCAUAAAUGUAUUGGAUUUAGACUCGAAAAAGUGGCACCAAGAAUAAUGGCAAGACGAGCAACAAGGUUACUUCAAGGCCCAUGUGCUCCGAUUGUUUGAUUCGCAAAUGUCGUAUGUUGCCAUUAGAUCCUUACCUCAAGGGCGCAUGGCAUAUUGGAAAACAAGCCAGGAUGAAGUUUGCCACAACUUGAAAAGCAUGGUUCUCGCCAAACAGAAUAUAUGUUCAGAAGUUCUAACCAGGCAAGAGAGGCAUUCCAGCUAUCCAGCACCUCUGGAGUCUGGCAAGUCACAGCAGCGACAGUUCCAUUGCUCUUCCAUUGGUGUCUCUGAAACUGAAAGACCAUCUGAUAUGGAAGUUCAUCACAAGGUCCACAUAGGCAAGCGGCUGUUUAAGUGCCACCUGUGCCCUCAAAGUUUCCAAAUGAAGGGCAGUCUCAAUCGACACCUGCGCACCCACACCGGCGAGCGCCCACAUCGGUGCCCUUCAUGUGACAAGAGCUUCUCGGAAAAGUGCCACCUUAGGGUCCACCUGCGCACUCACACUGGUGAACGUCCAUUUCAGUGCUCCUUCUGCCCGCAAAGAUUUUCGCGCUCAUCCGGGUUAUCAGAUCACCAACGUGUCCACACAGGCGAGCGACCAUUUAAGUGUCAUUUCUGCCCUGAAAGCUUUCGGUGGGGUCGCUGUCUAAAGAUACACCUGCGCACUCACACUGGUGAACGACCAUUUCAGUGCUCCUUCUGCUCACAGAGCUUCUCGCAACAAUCCAGUCUAUCAGAUCACAAACGUGUCCACACAGGCGAGCGACUGUAUAAAUGUCAUUUGUGCCCGCAAAGCUUUUCGCAUCGAACCACACUAUCAGAACACCUACGCAUCCACACAGGCGAACGACCGUACAGUUGCACUGUCUGCUCAAAGUCUUUUAUGCGGAGCACUCACUUGAAACGUCACAUGAAAACACACACAGGCGAAAGACCAUAUAGCUGCACUGUCUGCGCCAAGUCUUUUGUUCAGGACACUCAGUUGAAAAUUCACAUGCGAACACACACAGGCGAGAGACCAUACAGCUGCACUAUCUGCUCCAAGUCUUUUGUGCAGAGGGCUCACUUGCAAGGUCAUAUGAAAACACACAGGUGAACGGCCGUAAUGCUGCACUGUCUGUGCCAAGUCCUUUGUGCGGAGCACUCAAUUGAAAAUUCACAUGACAAUGCAACACCGAGUAUGUACCCAGCCUGGCAUGUGUGAAUUGUCAUUACAUUGGUAUUUCAGUUCUUCACGCAGUAUGCUGCAUAUGAUUCUGGUGUGCCUGAAACUGACACCAUGCACUCCUAUAUUUUGAACUGACACGUGAAAUCAAAGGAUGUUCAAGCAUUAUCUAAGAAGUUGGGGAGACAUGUUUUAAAAGAGAUUUGGUUGCCUUACCGUGAUGUUGUUGGUAUAGUAUUCCUUCAAAAUUGUUGUUUGUGUGGGUGUGAUAAAUUUGAACAGUUUGAGGGUCGAAUUUUUUUGUGAUGUGCACUCCAAAAAUGUAAAUUUUUGAUUGCUGAAAUAAAUUUUUUAGACAUUUCUAUUUCAGAAAAAUAUUGUCUAAAAUUAUUUUUGUGUGACCAUAAAGUGACAAAAAAGAUUUUUUGUUGAUGUUACAUACAUACACGUGGUUUAUUCGUGAGUAAUGUCAAGCAAAAUCCUAAAAAAAAGCUUAUACGAUUUUUUAUAAAUAAAAAUUAUGCGUUGUAUUAAACAUAGCUCAGAGGCAUACAAAAAUACACUUGGGGAAUAGUCCACAUCGGAGGAAUCGCCACUCGACUCACUAGCAGCAGUGCAACCGGCCCGCACUUCCAUAGCGUGAGCGAACUGCGUGAGUGAGUGCACGGAAGAAAACUGUUUGGUUGUGCGCCCAUCCAGAAAGCAAAACGAGUGAAAAAGCUAUAAUAAUCCUUCGUCCUGUCGCCAACGAGACGGAGUUAGCUUUUCCGAGUACCCAAAAUAGUAAACGCAGCCACGGCGGCAUCGUUUGUGUAAUUGAGUGCCGCACGGAAACAGAUGUAAUCGUGCCCCGGGGAGCAAUAAAUGAGAGAGUAACAAGCGGUCAACCUUUGAGAGAUUAGAAACCAGACAGCCAUCAGCUUUGCGGGCACGAGCAGCAGUAACAACCAUAGGAUGAAACCGAAACUAGCCGCACCGCACACGUGUGCUCAAAUGCACAAGCGAAAGCCGGGGGUGCCGCUUUGGAAAAAAAACGAACAAUGGAGAGACAUCGGUGCAUGAAAAAAAUUCCAUAUAUUCCUGAAGUAUGACAGCACAUGCCAAGCAAGAGAAAUGAUAGAAAAAGGCGCGCAUUUUAAGCAUACAGGCAAUGUCGUACAUGUACGGCGUAAACCCUCAAAGGGUUAAAGCUGAAUUCUUAAUGUCCGUUCUCUCACUAGGGCAUGUAUGUAUUUUCCAAAUAUACUCCUGCCUGUGUGAACACUUCUGAAUUCGUUUACUUCUGCACCAGCAAAACUGGUUGCACAUAACACUUCUGUGUUUGAUGCAUCGUGUUCCUGGCAAGAUCUCUGGCUGAGAUAUUAUCCCUCGCAGUGUUUAAGCUAUGUCUUUGGAUGCACUGCUACCUUGGUGAACACACCUCCUAGUUGUGUUGCACUGCGUACCUCAGAAGAGCAAGUUCAAUUUUUGGCCAAAGCAUGAGCAUCCUGAUUGCUUUUGCCCCAAGGGAUUGAAUGAAAAUUUUUCUAUGUGAUCAGUCAUAUUCGGUUUUACCAUUAUGAUUUUAUAAACCAAUCACCCACUCAUUCUCACCUCACCAGAUGUAGGCGCCACAAUGGGAUAAAAUGGCAGCAUGCUUGCCGUCACAAAAGAUUGAAACAUUGUAAAGGG